AUGCCGUCGCUCCCCACCGUGGACUUCUCCGCGUUCAUGUCCGACGAGGGCAUCGUCGUCGGGGACGAACCCACCGCCGCGCAGCUGUCUUGCGCGGCUCGAAUCAACGAGGCGUGCCGCGACGAUACCGGCUUCCUCUACAUGACAAAUUUCGGCAUCACCGACGAAGACGUGGCCGACGCCUUCUCCAAGUCCGCGGCGCUCUUCGCCCUCGGGAACGAUGAAAAGGCGAAGCUCAACCCGUACGAUCCCGUCACCAACCUCGGGUUCAGCGCGUUCGCGAGCGAGGCUCUCAACGCGCGCAGGCCCGCGGACCUCCGCGAGGGCUUCAAAUAUAAAAACAAUGACGUCUUCGACAACGUCAUGCGCGGCACCCCGGCCGGGUUCGCCGAGACGUGCGAGGGAUUCUAUCGCAAGUGCCUGGCCGCCGCGAGGAGGAUCGCGGUGGCGUGCGCGCUGGCGCUGGAGCUCCCGAGCGACGACUCGCGCUUCUUCGAGCGCAACUUCCAAGUCGUCGACCAGUGCACGCUCCAGUUUCUUCACUUCCCGCCAGUCGACGCCGCCGCCGCCGUGAACGACGACGACAUAGCGACGCAGCUGCGCGUGGGCGAGCACACCGACUUUGGCAUGGUCACCCUCCUCUUCCACGACUCCGUCGUCAACGGCGCGGGGUUACAGGUGAAGAAAGCGGCGACCGAUCAAGUCGGAGGCGCGGCGGGUGGCGAGUUCGACGGUGCCGAGUGGAUGGAAGCACCCGGCCGGGGCGGCGCCACAGCUGUCGUCAACACGGGGGCGCUGAUGGCGCGGUGGACCAACGACGAGUGGCGGGCCACCGCGCACAGGGUCGUGGCGGGCCCGCCGGAGGUGGCGGUACGGGACAGGUACUCCAUCGCGUUUUUCUUCGAUCCCGAUAAAGACGCGAUCAUCGAGACGCACCCGGCGUGCCUGGCGCGAACGGGACGGGAGGCUCGGUACGCGCCCAUCAGCGCGAGGGAUUUCGUGAUGAUGAAGAUCAUGGAGAUGCAGAAGACGGCGAGCGAGGCUGGGGUGAAGGCGGCGUAUUGA